CGGGGGCCGUUGGCUGCGGGCAGCGCGGAGCGGCGGCGACGGAGCAGCCGGAGCCCGGGCGGCGCUGAGGGGAGGCGGCAGGCAGGGAGGCAGGCGGCCAUCCCGGCGCGGCGCGGCCCGGCCGAGGGACCCGCUCCGCCGCGGCAGGCACGGCCGGCGCCGCCGCCCGCCCUGCCCGCACGCUGUGCCCCCGCGGCGCGGCGCGGCCUGGCCGCGGCUCGGCGAGCGGGGCCCAGGCGGCGGCGGCCGUGGUGGUGGAGACGGCGGCGGCUGGGCGCUCCGCCGCGCCUGCCCUGCCAUCUUAGGUGCCGUGCCCCGCCGCCUUUGUGCCCGCCGCGCCCGGGCACCCGCGGGGGCCGGGCCCGACGCCCCUCCGGGGGCGCCUCCCCCCGCGGGGCCGCCGCCCCUUGCCCCGCUCCUCCUCCUCCUCCUCCUCCUCCUCCUCCUCCUCCUCCUCCUCCGCGGGGGGCCGACCGGCGCUCCCAGCCCGGCUGCGGCGGAGGUAAUCCAUGCUGAAGAGGCUCCAUUCAUACAGAUGAACCAAGGGUUGAGGCAGCACUUUAAACCCAGAUAGUCGGUCGGCUAACUGCCCAGCAGGAUGCCAUCAACCAGCCGAGCGGGCAGCCUGAAGGACCCAGAAAUCGCAGAGCUCUUCUUCAAAGAAGAUCCAGAAAAGCUCUUCACAGACCUCCGAGAGAUUGGCCAUGGAAGCUUUGGAGCAGUUUAUUUUGCACGUGAUGUGCGCACCAAUGAAGUGGUGGCCAUCAAGAAAAUGUCAUAUAGUGGGAAGCAGUCCAAUGAGAAAUGGCAGGAUAUUAUUAAGGAAGUCAAGUUCCUCCAAAGAAUAAAACACCCUAACAGUAUAGAAUACAAAGGCUGCUAUUUGCGGGAGCAUACAGCAUGGCUUGUUAUGGAAUAUUGUUUAGGAUCAGCAUCAGACUUACUAGAAGUUCAUAAAAAGCCAUUGCAAGAAGUGGAAAUAGCAGCAAUUACCCAUGGUGCUCUCCAGGGAUUAGCAUACUUGCAUUCUCACAAUAUGAUCCAUAGAGAUAUCAAGGCAGGAAACAUCCUGCUGACAGAGCCAGGACAGGUGAAACUUGCUGACUUUGGGUCUGCUUCCAUAGCAUCUCCUGCCAACUCAUUUGUGGGGACGCCAUAUUGGAUGGCCCCAGAAGUGAUUUUAGCCAUGGAUGAAGGGCAGUAUGAUGGCAAAGUAGAUGUUUGGUCUCUUGGAAUUACCUGUAUUGAGUUAGCGGAAAGGAAGCCUCCUUUGUUUAAUAUGAACGCAAUGAGUGCCUUAUACCACAUAGCGCAGAAUGAAUCCCCUACACUACAGUCUAAUGAAUGGUCUGAUUAUUUUCGCAACUUCGUAGAUUCUUGCCUCCAGAAAAUUCCUCAAGACAGGCCUACAUCGGAGGAGCUUCUGAAGCACAUGUUUGUUCUUCGGGAGCGGCCCGAAACAGUGUUAAUAGACUUGAUUCAGAGAACAAAGGAUGCAGUGAGAGAACUGGACAACCUGCAGUAUCGUAAAAUGAAGAAGCUCCUCUUCCAGGAGGCGCACAAUGGCCCUGCAGUCGAAACACAGGAGGAGGAGGAGGAGCAAGAUCAUGGUGUCGGCAGGACAGGAACAGUGAAUAGUGUCGGAAGUAAUCAGUCCAUUCCUAGUAUGUCUAUCAGUGCCAGUAGCCAAAGCAGUAGUGUUAACAGUCUUCCAGAUGCCUCGGAUGAUAAGAGCGAGCUGGAUAUGAUGGAGGGGGACCACACCGUGAUGUCAAAUAGCUCUGUCAUUCAUUUAAAGCCGGAGGAAGAAAACUACAGAGAGGAAUCAGAUCCUCGAACAAGGGCGUCGGAACCCCAGUCUCCUCCCCAAGUAUCUCGCCACAAGUCUCAUUAUCGCAACCGAGAGCACUUUGCUACUAUACGCACAGCAUCGCUGGUGACAAGGCAAAUGCAGGAACACGAACAAGACUCUGAACUCCGAGAGCAGAUGUCUGGCUAUAAGCGUAUGAGACGGCAACACCAGAAGCAGCUGAUGGCAUUGGAGAAUAAACUGAAGGCAGAGAUGGAUGAGCAUCGCCUCAGGUUGGACAAAGAUCUCGAAACACAGCGUAACAAUUUUGCGGCAGAAAUGGAAAAGCUAAUUAAAAAGCACCAAGCGGCCAUGGAAAAAGAGGCUAAAGUGAUGGCCAAUGAAGAAAAGAAGUUUCAACAGCAUAUUCAGGCCCAACAGAAAAAAGAAUUGAACAGUUUCCUGGAGUCCCAGAAGAGAGAAUAUAAACUCCGUAAAGAGCAGCUGAAAGAGGAGCUGAAUGAAAACCAGAGCACUCCAAAGAAGGAGAAGCAAGAGUGGCUCUCCAAGCAGAAGGAGAACAUCCAGCAUUUCCAGGCAGAGGAAGAAGCCAACUUACUGAGGCGUCAGAGACAGUACUUGGAGCUGGAGUGUCGACGCUUUAAGAGACGGAUGCUCCUUGGCCGCCAUAAUCUGGAGCAGGACCUGGUUCGGGAGGAGUUAAACAAAAGGCAGACACAGAAGGACCUGGAGCACGCCAUGCUGCUGCGUCAGCACGAGUCCAUGCAGGAGCUGGAGUUCCGCCAUCUCAGUACCAUCCAGAAGAUGCGCUGUGAGCUGAUCCGACUCCAGCACCAGACUGAGCUCACCAACCAGCUGGAAUACAACAAGCGCCGGGAGCGGGAGCUGAGGCGUAAGCACGUCAUGGAGGUCCGGCAGCAGCCCAAGAGCCUGAAGUCAAAAGAACUACAGAUAAAGAAGCAGUUUCAGGAUACAUGCAAGAUCCAAACCAGACAGUACAAAGCACUGAGAAACCAUCUGCUGGAGACCACGCCAAAGAGUGAACAUAAAGCUGUCCUCAAACGGCUCAAGGAGGAGCAGACCCGGAAGCUGGCUAUCCUGGCUGAGCAGUAUGAUCACAGCAUUAAUGAAAUGCUCUCUACACAAGCUCUGCGUUUGGAUGAAGCACAGGAAGCAGAGUGCCAGGUUUUGAAGAUGCAGCUGCAGCAAGAAUUGGAGCUGCUGAAUGCAUAUCAGAGUAAAAUCAAGAUGCAGGCAGAAGCCCAGCAUGAUCGGGAGCUGCGUGAUCUUGAGCAGAGGGUAUCCCUCCGUCGGGCCCUCCUUGAGCAGAAGAUUGAGGAGGAGAUGCUGGCGUUGCAGAACGAGCGUACCGAACGGAUACGAAGCCUGCUGGAGCGUCAAGCUCGCGAGAUCGAAGCCUUUGACUCAGAAAGCAUGAGGCUAGGUUUUAGUAAUAUGGUUCUUUCUAAUCUCUCCCCCGAGGCGUUCAGCCACAGCUACCCGGGAGCUUCUGGCUGGUCCCACAAUCCUACUGGGGGUGCAGGACCUCACUGGGGUCAUCCCAUGGGUGGCCCACCACAAGCUUGGGGCCAUCCAAUGCAAGGUGGACCCCAGCCAUGGGGUCACCCCUCGGGGCCCAUGCAGGGGGUACCUCGAAGUAGUGCUAUAGGGGUCCGCAACAGCCCCCAGGCUCUGAGGCGGACAGCUUCUGGGGGACGGACGGAACAGGGCAUGAGCAGGAGCACAAGUGUUACUUCACAAAUAUCCAAUGGUUCACACAUGUCUUAUACAUAACUUAAACAAUAACUGAGGGUGGCAAUUCCACUGGAGCUGUCUGCCAACAGAAACUGCCUACAGACACCAGCCCAGCAGCCUCCUCAGUGCGGUGCUGACGUGUGGAAGCUGGGUGCACAUGGAAUAUUGUAUUCAUUUUGUAAAGCAUUACGUUUUGUGUUUACUAACUGGGAUGUCAUAGUAUUUGGCUGCAGGGUUGGGGGGGGUGGUUUUUUGGUUUCUUUGUUGUUGUUUUUUACUUUUUGGAGGGGUCUUGGGAGGGCGUCUGAGAAAUAUAUGCAAUUAGUCAGAAGAGUUGGCUGGUGGUCAUCACACUGACAGGACAGAAGGGCCUCAGGCUGCCCUCAUCACGCGAUCCGUAGGAAGUUUGAGGGAGAAUGGAGACCUCCUCCCAUGUCCAUAAAUUUCGAACUGCCACCCUGCAAAAACCAGGCGAGCUGCCUUUAAACCCAACAUCCACGGGAGGAACAGCUGGAUCUUCUGUUCCGUUUUUAUUUGUCAUUAAAUUGGAUACAUUUCUAGGGUCUUGCCUCUGCCAAGAGGCUUUUUCAAAGACUCGUAGGUGAGGAAGAAGGGUGAGAAGAGAGGCCAAGAGACACCAGGGCUCAGCAGGGCCCUUCUACCCAAGUGCCCGCUCUGUGUUGUGUAAGAAGUGACGUUCUCUCAGAAGGCACUGGUCAGCUUCCCGAGAAGCACGUAGGUAAACCUGUCGGGAGGGAACAGGCUAGAAAUGUCCAAAAUUGUAUUCCUGCUUUGACACUCCCUGACUGUGCUGCUGGUAGCUCAGACGAGGUUGGGCGGAGGAGCGUAAGUAAUGCACUUGUACAGCUAAUACUGUGACAUCUCAUUUUAGCUAAGCAUCAGAAUAAUGCUUGGAGCCCAGCGUAGUCCUUUUUGCUCCAUUCAGAAAUGUUUAGACUUUCAGCCAAUCAGUCUCAAAUGCCAGAGGUAUUUUGAAGGAUGCCAUAGUCACAAAAUGCCAUUGAUUGGGUUUUUCAUUAUUACACUACAUCCACCAAUUUAUUACCUUUUUGGCUUGUUGCAAUUUCCUGUUUACAUGUAGAGUGUAGCCAACUGUUUAAACGUUUAGUUGCCACAGUGUACCAGGAGGAGCUGAGCCAAUGACUCUCCCAGCUGAUGACUAACCCACAUCACCACUGUAGAUCUUGCUGCAUGUGAGGCUCCUUUUUAUUAUUUUCGUUGCUGCAAUACUUCACAACUUUUACAGUCCCUUGAGAUGCUGUGAUAUUUUGGCAGCGUAUCACACCAUGCGAGAAGGCACUACUUCCAGAGGCUCGUUGGAGCUGUGUACUACUGAAAGGAAGCAAAGGAGGUUGUGAAAUCCAGACGGUGAUAAAAGGGGUCAGGCAGUCUCGUUAACCGAAUGACUUUGUGGCAUCGUGUCGUCCCUUAGUGCUGGGAACCGGAGGUGCCCCGUACUCCUGUGCCAGUGCCAGGGCGGUCUGGGUCAGCCAGCGCUGGGCGGGUAGGGGAAGAGCAGGUAGAUGAAGUUUGGCUUGAGGCAAAGAUUUCCGUCUGGGGGACUGACCAGCCAGGGUUCUUUGUAAAUGUUUUUCCUUGCACACUAAUCAUCUUGAAGAAAACACUAGCUGCUAACUCUAGGAUUUGCCUUUAAUAUGUUUAUAGGGCUCAAAAGCAAGGUUUUCCGAAUGUGUUUGUCCAUGUGACAUAUUUAUAUAGUAAAUACUCUAGUGUCUCGCUGCUGUUCAGUACUCUCAACAGGGCGAAGUUCUUUCGUUAGCUAAAUUAACAUCCACUCCCAAUCCUUAACUCUCUGCCAGUGUCUGGUGAAUCCAGCUGGGAUUUCUAGGAUCUUGACGUAGCAUAUCACUCUAAUCGAAGAUGGAAACUCUACCAAAAUAUGUUUGAGCAGCCCCUUAGUAAGGAGCUCUGUAGUACUAACAGUUGACAGAAGCCUGGGAUGAGGCGGGGGUCUCAUGGAGGCGACUCUGGUUGCCCCCUGGGGCAGGUGGUGACCGUGAAUUGUCCUGUCCUUUCCUCUGCUAUGUUUUUAUGUGGAAUUGGAUGUUUUGGGGUCAUUCUUUUGCAUUGCAGUGUUGUUGAAAUGCAGCGAAACUGAUUUAGGAAAGGUACCUGUGUUUUCCUGGGGUUAGGAAGAAAGACAAAAAUGAAAUGAAAGGCCAAAAUUGCAUUGGGAUUCCCUGUGUGGAAGGUGUGCCCAGAGCAUGGUGCUAACACAGCGUUUUGAAGUUCAGCUCCUCUAUCACAAACAGCAGCAGCGACCGCAGGGACAGGCUAUACCUGCAAGUUCAGUGGGUUCAUUCUUUUGCUUCUGUUCUGGUUUGAAUUUGGUCAAAGUCUCUGGCUUAAAUUGAGCUACUUCAACAGAAUUCUCUCAACCCAUCUCUUUGUGUAAUGUCAAGCAUGACUGAAUGCUGAAUCCAAAUGAUGGCUAAUCCCAUAUUGGCUUUUUUGUAUUCAAAAAGAGUUGUGUAGUAACCAUUUUUACAUGUAUAUCAUGUGCAGACCUGGACAAUUCCAACAAGUUAAUAUUUUAAUUAAAAUAGUUUGCAAAAACUGAUUCAGAUCAACUGGUCUAAAUGUGUGUGUCCCUGUGUGUAUGUGGGGGAAGGAAAGCUGUCCCAAACAAGCCUGAUCUCGAGAGAAAGCGCCCCGUUACGCAGCUGUAGCCAGAGGGACUCGGGGUCAGGCUCUGCCUUGGAGGUGUAUGAGGAGGCCCCCGGUGUUGAGAAUUUUAAUGUAUCUCGGGUAUAUUUCCGAGAUACACAAACAGCUAUACACUAGAGAGACGCAAACACUCUCUGAAUCAGUUUGCAAACUCUAUUUUUAUAAAGUUAAAGACCAGUUACUCCCUAUCGCACCCCUUGCAGUCAUGCCCUAACUUUGGUUUUAAAAUUACUGUAAUCUGUAAAUUGUGGAAACUACUCCAGUACCUCAGCAAAGAUGUUCUCUUACGUCUUUUAUGUUCGUAUUUAACACUGGGGAAACUCUUCUGUGUGGACUACUUUGCAACCUUUAUUGCAGUAUUGUCAAAUCACCAGCUUGACCCCUGAAAUCUCUCAUUCUGUGGUUAUUUUUCUCCCCCCUUUUUGCAAAGACCUGAAGUUCUGAUGUAGUUUAGCCCAGAGAUUGAAAAAAACAAAACCAACAGAGGAGCCAGCGUUUUCACCUCUUUCUGAUUGGAAUUUCUUUUGAUUUUAUUUAAUAAAAAUCGGUGAAAGGGACCACGUUUGUCUUGUUCUCCAUGGUCCCGGGGAGUCAGCAGCCACCUCUCCCUUCCAUGUUGAACGUUACGUGCUUUCUUCCUCGGAUGCGGCGCUGAAAUGGAGGCCACGGCUCUGUUUCACCCGUGUUCGCUCCGAGCCCUCUGAGCUUCAAAGGGGUUGAAGAAAGAAAUGUGGUACGAUAACCAAGCUUUCCACAGAAAAUUCCCUGCGGCCGUUCCUCGCCUGGCUGGGGGCCAGGCUGGCAUCGCUCUCUUGUCCCACCCAGCCCUUCCCACUCCAGACGAAGGUGCGUGGCACGCUAGCUGUAACCUGCACGGGGUGCACCCUGCUCCAUCCCGGGGUGAUGCUGUUUAUUAACACCGCCCCCACCCCGCUCCCCCCGCCCAGGGAAAAGGCUGCCCUGCCCCCUUGACCCCGCUUACGUGCCAUUUCUUGAGAGGCAAUAAAUUGUAUUGUACCACUGUCUACCAUUACUCUGUUGACUACGCACAUCUCUCUGGAUAUAUAUAUAUGGUAUCUCCUUUGUAUAUAUUUAUAUACUCUGUAUGUGCGUGUGUGUGUGGGUAUACGUGCACACACCCCCCUCAUGCUGUGCAUUUCUGUCAGGGCACUUCAGUUCUGCUGUUCCUUAGCACUCCUGUUCACGAGCAAAAGCAACCCCUGCGGCACGGCUCUCUAGGGCGAGGGCAAGUACAUCAAAAGCCCUCCCUUAAAUACUGCCCUGCUAAUUGUAGCUUUCUUUUUCUGGGGCGCGGGAGGGUAGGAUAAGCUGCUAUGGGUGUGCUGCGAAGGAGAGAGCUCCCAGAGGGUGCCAGAAAGUCAGAAGACAGCAGAGAAGAAAACAAGACGGUUUAGCGAUAGGGGAGCAGUGGAGGCAAUGUAUGGGGGCGGUGAGGGGGCCGGUGAAGUGCUCAGCGGGCUGAGCUCCGAGCCCCCAGCUGCGCCUUGCCACCAAAGAUCAGAAGCCCGGCACGGUCUUGGCACGCUGCACCGGCACUAACUAACUUUUGGCAUUCCUGAGUUCAAGCCGCCGCUAACUCUGAACACUGUCCGCCUUUGUGUGCGUCUAAUGACUAGAGCAGGUUAUUGUGGAGGAUCAAAAGAGAAGCCAAAUGGGAAGAUUUAAAAGAUAUAUAUGUGUACGGUGUGUGCAUACAUAUACGUACACACACAGACGCUUUCGGUCCAUUCUUUAUUCUGCUUAGCCGUGUGUGUUCUGUUACUCGAGCCCAGUAAGCAGAGGACAGCCUUGUUCUCCUGGGGGCUUGCUCUGCAUUUCUAGUAAACCUUGCCCUGGUCUUUCUCCCAGCAGAGGGGUGAGUGCCAUGCUGGACACCACGAGCUCCUCAGGCUGUGAAGACCCUUCUAACCUUCUCCUUUGUCCUCUACAGACCCCAUCUUAGGGAGACAUCUGGCAGUUUGGGGGAUAAAUGGUUCUCGCAUGUGUCAAGUCACAACUGUUCGUCCAGCUGCGAUAUUUACCUCCCCCAGGGAAGCCCAGCCAGCUCAGCAGCAUGCCAACCACGGGCUCUCUUCUUUGUGCUACCAGAGAAUUUGGAGGCAAUUUUCCUCCCUGUCCCUUUUGGAAGGUCUCUUGCGAGCUUUUUCGGUGAGGCUUGGUUGUGGUUGGGACACCCUUACCCUUUCACAAAGAGUAGUCUUGUCUUUAGCUGUGCUCCUGCCUGUGGGACUUUCCCACCCGCGGCGCUGGCCGGCAGCGAGCCCGGAGCCGCGUGCCAAGGACGGAGGAGUGGUGGACGCCCAGACAGGGACGCCGAUGGGUGUCCCUCUGCUGUGUUUGUUUCAGUUUGCACUUUUUAUGAGUCGAUUGAACCGGAGUCUGUUGAGAAGUAUACGCGUGAGGCGCUUUGGAGGGUUGUGGGUAGCUGUUUACAGCCAAAAAAACAAAGCUGGUAGAUCUAGUGAUCGUAGUAAACGUCACCCCACCAGGGAACGAUGGCAGGAGAUAACCCUGGUUCCUGUUGCACAAUGAGGUUCAGCCAGCUGGGGCUGUGACGCUGCCUGCUCCAUCCCUGCCCUGUGCUGGGGAAGGAAAGGCCUUUGUCAGCUAGAAGAGGGACUUAGUAAAUCGGAUUUGCCGGCAAACAAGCACCUUAACCACCGAGCUGUGGGUCUCGAUACUUGCACUUCACCUGAAGGCUCCUCUGGGCAGGGGGGGGAGGAAGGCAGUUUGGUACCUGACCGUUGGCUUUGCACCCGUCUGGUGUCCUCAAAACCCCUGAAAGCCAUGUCCUAGGGAAAAAACAACCACCCCCGACAUCGGUUCCCUCUCUCCUCGCUUUCUCUGAGUGCACACACUGAGUCCAGGAACCAGGAGGGGCGAGCGUUGCCCCCGCGGAUGUGAACAAACCUGGGGGGUGGAGGAUCUUCCCCCCCCCGGUCCCCUGCCCCGCUCCCCACCCCUGAGUACGGGUACCUCAGAACAUGCACAGUUUGACUUUUCACUGGCAAUUAGUUUAAUUAUUGUGAGUGAAAAGAAUUGUAAUUAUCUGUAAAUAUGUAGUUAACAAAUUGACCUAGUUUCUGUAUUUUUUAAGUUUUUGUACUAAAAUUUAUAGAUACAGUAUGUGCCAGCUAGCAAAAAGCUACUGUAAUCGCCAGUCGUAGUUCAGCAUGCAUCUAAUCCCCGAGACUUGUCGAAGUGAUGCUGUAAAGGAAUCGUGCUUAAUUCCUGGGAGCUGGGGCGGCGCAGCGGGCCGGGGGGGCCGGCGGCCGCUUUCGCCUUCGAGCCUCCGGCCGGGUUUUUCCGCGUUCGCUGCGUGUAACCUUCUUCCCUUCGGCGUCGUGUGCUGUACGGUGGGGCAGUGCGAGGGACGGAGCGGUGGCUUCGAGCUUUCUCUGGAGCUGAACUCGACGGGAACCGGAGUUCAGGUUCUUUGCUGCAGUUUAAUACCGGCUUAUUACUGUAUUUUUUUUCAAUCUAGAAAUGAUCUGUUUUCCCCCUUCUGACUGCUUUUGUCUUAAACCCGAGAUCAUCUAAACCUACUGGAGGAAAGAAAAAAAAAAAAAAAGAAAAAGAAAAAAAAAAGAAAGAAAAAAAAAAGACUUUCAUUUAAGAUUGUUGCCUGCUUCUAGUGCCAGGAUCACGCAUUUCUAUGGCAACUCAGCUCAAGCAGAGUUUAGAAAUCGGCACAGGGUUGUUAAGGAGCUGAAGUACGUUGCCGCUGCUUUUCCGCGGCUCCGGCAGAGCCCGACGGCAGCCGCCAAGGGCGAAUUUGUGGGUGGGAUGCUGUCGCUUGCGUGUGCCGGGGUGUCCCUGCCCCGACCGCGGCGGUUCUGCCCGGCGCGACCCGCCGCCGAGUGCGGGGUGGGCUCCCCCCGCGCGACCCGGGGACGACGUGGGGACCCCGCGCUCCCUGUCUCGUGGCAGAGGCGAGUCCGCAAGCGGAGAACGGCUUUGCCGAGCGUCCCAGGCGGCUGCGCUAGAGGAGUUUGAGCGCCGGUGAGGCCGUGAUUUCCAGGGCUGGUUGUCCUGGAGGUCGUAGGGGACGGGAGCUUGUAAGGAUUGAGGUGGCAGCAGAGCAGGAGAGUCAUACACGCGCGUACGGGUUUGGCUUCUGGCAAGCAAACCACCCCCUUCUUUCUUCAGCUUUUCUUCCCUCCUAACCCCCCCGCAGCUCUUCCCCCUGCUUGCUUGGAACAGGAACGUUUGGUUGUUUUUUUUUUUUACCUGCCUAGAAACAGCUAAAAGAUGGGGAGAUGGGGGGGGGGGGGAUGGGGGUGGGGGGCAGGGGCAGCCCUGAUGUAAAUAAUUAACGUUAACGAAAGUGAAGUGUGUAUAACAUAAAAGGCUACAGCCCUUUGGUGACUUGUAAAUGCUCGAGAAGGUUUGCGGUGAGACGUGGAGGGCCAAGCGACCUGCCUGGGGCUCUGCGGCCAUCGCUGUCCCACCCACACCUCGGGGACAGCGGGUCGGGAAUUGGGGGUGGCGGUGGUGGGGGGGGGGCGGGGGACGGGGACACCCUGCGUGCCCACCCUGCGUGCCUGAGCCGUGGGAUUUCCCCCCCCCUCCCCGGGUUUAGCGGACGGGAGGGUAGCGUAACGUGUGUAAUACGGAUAGGAGAAGCUGUGUGAGGUGUGUAUAGUGUAUAUUUUAAAAAAAAAAAAAUAGCUUGCUUGUAUUGUGAAGAUUUUAAAAGACAAACUUGAGAAUUCUAGCCUAACUAUUAACACAAGUUUAACAUCAGUUACCCCACUGGGUUCAGAGCCUCUUGAAUGUAUAUUCCUUUUUGUAACCGAAAUGACCCAUUCUUCUACCAGUCAGCCAGACAUCCUAUUUA